AAGUGUGAUACAAUUUAACUGUUUGUCGUAACAUAUAGCUCAUCCAGGACGGUAAAUACUCAAUCAAUAUGGCGUCAGCUGAGAGGCCGGCUUGUUCACCGUAUGACAUAUACAUCGAAAAUAUCGACACAUCGAAAAUCUUAAUCGCAAAGACGUUAAAAGAAUGCCUUCCGGACGACUCUGACUUGAUCCCAAUGAUCGAAGACUGCUGUUUCAACUCCGUGACUGCCACCUAUCGGCACAACGAAGUGGAUCAGCUGGCUAUCAUCCUGUUUCAGCAUCAGAUUACAGGCCUAGAUAUCCAACAAUGCCAAGAGGAGUUGAUGGAAAGAGCACCGGACGUGUUCGUAUUUGAGAUCGAACCCCGCCCCCUUGGGUUAGUUGUAAUCAAUAGGUACGAUUUUGACUCGAAACAACUGAACGCCUACAUUAAGAACCGGAAGUCUGGGAUCGGACCGGAAGAGUAUCAGGAAGCGCCCUACCAAGAGGGCGUUCUGCUGAUAGUGAGAGUGAGGAACACGGAGAAAGUGUUACGUCAGGUGUUUUCCCGGACACAUACGAUCUCCGGUCAGUCUGUAUACUUUCAACCAUACUUCCCCUGUUUCCAUGAUACGCUCACGGAAUUACUGGGUACCAGUGACCCCCGAAAUCCAGUACAACCAUCACGUGAAACUACCAUGUAUCCGGGUACUCCAUAUCCUGAUACGGAACCUACCCAAUGGUCACAUCGGCACAGCCAAAGAGAUCGUUCAUAUUCCCCGGAAGAUGAUGACGGACGAUGUGAUUUUGAACGCUGCCGUUCCCCGGAGGUCAGACGUGGCGGCCACGAUGAUAACUAUCAUUUCCCGGGGGACGGAGGACGAGGUGAUUAUUAUCUUCCCCCGGGGGACGGAAAACGAGAUUAUCGCUAUCACUCCCCGGGAGACAGACGGCGACCUGAACGUUAUGAUGUCCCAGGGGACGGACGACGAGAUGAUCGGCAUUAUUCCCCGCGUAUUCCCCAUCCGGGCUUUGAUGACGGAGCCUGGAAAGGUGACUUCGAAGAAGACGGAGUAAACUCGACAGAUUCCAGAAGGUAUCCCGACGUGGCGGAGGAUGACGAUCCAACUGAAGGCGAGAAGGAAACAACUAAAAUCAAAACAUCAUCAAUCUGUGACGACGACGAAGAGAAGAAGAUGGUAUCAGUGUGUCUGGAAUCUUCUAUUGGUAAACAAUUUUUGGACAAAUUUCGAAAAGAUAAUGACUGUGAAAUCGACGUCAAGUUUAAAAAGAAAGCUAUUAAACCAAUACGAACCCACGCCACGUCGGAUACCACUUCCGGCAGCACAGACAGAAAACCUACGCGCGACGUCUCCCAUACGCUGGGGAUGAUGUUUCCAUUAUUUUCCUUGGAACCUGGGCUUGGAAACAUUACUACCAUUUGCAUAGAUCAGGAUCGCCCUAUUAGACAUUCACGUGCACGCCCAGUCGAUCGGUCAGACACCAUUAACAUAAGUGGCACCAAACUGACCGUCAAGAAAGGGGACGUUUCUCUUGAAAAGGCGGACGUUUUGGUGAACGUUGUAGGAGACAGCCUGGAGCUACAGACAGGUUUGAUAUCCAAGGCAUACGCCAAGAGAGGUGGCGACGAACUCACACAGGCAUACCAGACCGCCAUGCUAGUGUAUGAUGGUAACGGGACUAUUGGAUGUGACGGGGGAAAGUUGUCAUGUAAACACCUCAUCACCAUGGUACUGCCACAGCGACAGAACUCGUCUUCUGACCAGAAAUUUACUAUCAUCUUGGAAUCAGUAUUCAAAAAGGCAGCUGACCUUGGUUUUGGAACGAUUGUCCUACCAGUGAUGGGUUGUGGUAAAAUGCUUCAGUAUCCCCUCCACUCGGCUAUCGCCAUAACCAUGGACACCACGGUCAAGGUCUUAAAAAGCUCGAAAAAACCCCUUAAGGAAGUGACGAUCGUGGCGUUCGAUGACAAGACCUAUGACGAGUUAGCCAAAGAAUUGCAUAAGGGAACGCACAAAACUAAAACAGCUACUAGUCAGUCACGUGCCUCAAAAGAGACGGUUGGGUGUUCGAUAGAGCUGUCGGCAUGCGGCAGUCGGAAGGUGAACAGACUUAAAAAAGAGCUUACUGGCGCUAUGAAAGCUGAAUUCCUGAGUACCAAUAAUGUGAAAAUACCCACUAGCAUAUCUAUACGGACCAAAACAAAACUGUAUAAUAUAGCUGAGGAACAUACAAAGACCCCCAUGAAGAUGGAGUUUGACCAAUCUGGAAAACAUGUUGUACUAAAGGGAGAGAAAACACAGGUGUCAAAAACCGCAAAGCAUCUGACAAGUAUGCUAUCAAGUGGAGAUUCAUCUAAGAUUAGAAAGCCUCUGCGGUGUUCUCCAUCAAGCUGGUUCAAACUGGCACACGACAGUCCAAUCAGUCCUCCGUAUUGGACCAAGUUCAAAGCAAACACUCCCCUGACGGUCCUGUCAAAGAACAGCAGGGCAGUAAAGCGAUGGUCAGUAGUUCCCGUAGACGCCUCCACCAAGAAGGCGAUCGAGAGUCUGGUACAAACCACGUGGGACAAUAAGCUGGUUGGACAGGGACGGGACGCGGUCAAUCUCAGACACAAACGGAUAAAAGUAGACAAGGUUGAGCGCAUUGAGAAUAUUGACGUGUACAAUAGAUAUGCAACAAAACGUCAGGAGCAGUUCAGAAUGUUGGCGGAAGAGGGGGCAACAGCUCUAAGAUCACUCGAAAACAUCCGUGUGCAAACCAAAGGGGCAAUCGAUACGUCACCUACAAAUGGGGCCAUACUUUAUGAUGAUAUAUUUCCGGAGAUCAACGAACACUACCUGUUCCAUGGAACAAAGCCGGAAAUCGUACAGACCGUAAUUCAACAGGGAUUAGAUUGUAGGAUGAGCGAUGAGAAGGCCAUGUUUGGAAUGGGGAUAUAUGGUGCUGAAACAUCAACAAAGGCGGACCAAUACGCUGAUCAUAAACAGCAAAGAUCGCCCGGCUCAAAGACAAUGCUGCUCGUACGCAUGUUGCUGGGCAACAUGUUCGUGUGUAAGGACCCAAACCCUACGAAGUACCGCCGACCACCCUGUCGAAGUACCACGUGCCUUAAGGACAAAUGCACCUGCGGUCACGGACACUUCGACUCUGUCGUGGGGGAUGGGAACUGGCUCUUCCGAGAGUUCGUCGUAUAUGCUGCAGAGCAAUGCUACCCGGAAUACCUCAUCACUUACCACCGAGAAUAAUGGGAUUUCGAAAUG